GGCUGGGAGGAGCAAGCGGGGUCCCAGGGGAGCGCUCGCGAAGGCGGCUCCCAGAAGAGCUGGAGCUGAACGGCCGAGCGAGCGGGGCCUCGUGGCCGCUGGCUGCGCAAUAGGCGGCCGCGCGGAGACGCCCUAGCGGGGCCGCGCUGACAGCCGAACACGCAGGUGGGCUGUGCUCCGUGGGUCCUGCCGGCCGGAGGAUGGGCGCCCCGGGGCCGCUGCUGCCCCUGCGCCCUGAGCUCAUGGAAGGCGGCUCCCGCUCGGUGGCGCGCCCCCCGGCUGUGAAUGCCGCGCCCCGCGCCCGCCCGCCCCCCAGGACGCGGUAGGGGAUGCCCAGCUCCACUGCCAUGGCAGUUGGCGCGCUGUCCGGCUCCCUGCUGGUCACCUGCUGCCUGACGGUGGCUCUGUGCAGCCCGAGCAUCCCGCUGGAGAAGCUGGCCCGUGCGCCCGAGCAGCCGGGCCCGGACAAGCGCGAGCACGCGGCGCGGGACGAGGGAGGAGGUGGCGGCCGGGAUUGGCGGGGCCGGGGCGGUGGUGGGCGCGGGCCGGCCGGCCGGGAGGCGUGGAGCCGGCAGAGACAGGCCUGGGCCGCUCCGACCGGGGGCGCCAGCAAUGCCGACGUGCAGCUGCGGCCCCCUCGCGGCGAUACCCCGCAGGAGCAGCCCCCCGCCGACCUCCAGGACGCCGGCAGCCCUGAGUCGGCGCCCACACCCGAGCCGCCCGAGGAGUACGUGUACCCGGACUACCGCGGCAAGGGCUGCGUGGACGAGAGUGGCUUCGUGUACGCCAUCGGGGAGAAGUUCGCGCCGGGCCCGUCAGCCUGCCCCUGCCUGUGCACUGAGGAGGGGCCGCUGUGCGCGCAGCCCGAUUGCCCGCGCCUGCACCCGCGCUGCAUCCACGUUGACACCAGCCAAUGCUGCCCGCAGUGCAAGGAGAAGAAGAACUACUGCGAGUUCCGGGGCAAGACCUACCAGACUCUGGAGGAGUUCGUGGUAUCUCCUUGCGAGAGGUGUCGCUGUGAAGCCAGUGGGGAGGUGCUGUGCACGGUGUCAGCGUGUCCUCAGACAGAGUGUGUGGACCCUGUGUAUGAGCCCGACCAGUGCUGCCCCAUCUGUAAAAACGGUAAGUGGCAUUCGAGUCGACAGUGAGGUUGUCAGCUUGUCCUGGCCAGAGACACAGAAC